AAUAUGAAUAGCUAAAUUAUACAUUGUUAAAUCAUUAUAUUGUGGAGUCAGUUAUUAUUAUUAUUUUCCUCAUCGAAUUGGGCAAAAAAAUCCAAUUGUGACGUCAAAUCAAACGAAUAUCUGCGAAAUUGAUAUAUGUGUUCUAAAAAAAAGAUGGGGGGCGUCGAACCGAUGCACACUGACAGCAUUAUCGAAGGUUCGCGGAGUUACUUCAGGACUUUAUGUUAUUUCGGCGUCGUUAACUUUACCUGAGAGCCUCUUCUUUCCGAGUUCAUUUCUCUCAGUGUCGCGUGUCUGAUCGGGGUGAAUAGGAAUUUAGAUGACACGCUGCCUAUGUCGAAUAAUAUCAAGAAAAGGGCUUAAUCAUUUACUUGGCCUCUUAACAGGCGCAUAUGUAUUUAUUUAUUUGUCAGUCAGUGUCGCAAGGGCCCUUUUGCAUGUUUGAGUACGAUGGAGCAUAAUACAAACACGCCUGCAAUCAACAGAAGCCUCUUGUGACCAUUAAAAGUCAGUAGUUCAACUCGAGCUUUUUUCAGAAACUGAGUGGUUCUCAAAGUCUGAAGUCCGCAUAUGCACUCGUAUGAAGGGGCCCUUAUAAACAUCACUCCAACUGUCAAUAUUUCAUCCUUUGUGACGUCCUUGCAGGCAUCACCGGCGCAAAGCAACCUCCAUACGUUGAGAACGAACUAUGAACAAAUGAAAUUUGCGCAAGUGUUGUUCCGUGUGUAAAUGUUUUCGGGGUUGGGGGAUGCAUGGGUAAGACCGCGUAAUAGAAAUUGUGCGUGGGUGCACAGAUGAUAUAGGCGCUGCUUUGUAUUGUUGCCCUGGCUGCUGAUGCCCCGCCUCUGAUGGAAGCCUUAAACCUGGCACCAAGCUAAAACAAACGAAAGUCAGCUUCGAGCUCCCACUCCAACCAAUUAAGGCGGACUCCAGUGCACACUCACACGUUUCCAUCCCGCUGCAGCGACGGUGAAACAACAGGAGCACAGAAGCUGGCCAAAAAAAGAAGGAGAGAUUGCCUUGCCUUCUAAUUUCUCCCUUUCCAACACAGAACAAUGUCGAUGAGCCCUAAGCAUACGACUCCUUUUUCUGUAUCCGAUAUCUUAAGUCCUCUUGAGGAGAGCUACAAGAAAGUGAGUAUGGAGGGGAACAACCUGGGGGCUCCUCUUGCCUCGUACAGACAACCUCAAGUCACGCAAGCGGCGAUGCAGCAGCACCACAUGGGCCACAAUGGAACAGUACCCGCUGCCUACCACAUGACUGCGGCUGGAGUUUCCCAGCUGUCACACACUGCAAUGGGCGGCUAUUGUAACGGGAAUUUGGGCAACAUGAGCGACCUGCCGGCCUAUCAAGACGGCAUGAGAGGCAGCACGACGGCCACCGGUUGGUACGGAACGAAUCCGGACCCACGCUUCUCCACAAUCUCUCGUUUCAUGGGCUCCUCGUCUGGUAUGAAUAUGGGCGGUAUGAGCACUCUGAGUUCAUUGGCGGAUGUGGGUAAAGGCAUGGGUCCGUUAACCAGCACACCUCGAAGGAAAAGACGAGUGCUCUUCUCCCAGGCGCAGGUGUACGAGCUUGAGCGACGAUUCAAGCAGCAGAAAUAUCUCUCUGCGCCGGAAAGGGAGCAUCUGGCGAGUAUGAUUCACCUGACUCCAACUCAAGUUAAAAUUUGGUUUCAAAACCACCGAUAUAAAAUGAAAAGGCAGGCCAAAGACAAAGUGUCCCAGCAGCAAAUGCAACAAGACAGUGGCUCCUGUCAGCAGCAGCAACAGCAGUCUCCACGGCGGGUGGCCGUGCCAGUGUUGGUGAAGGACGGAAAGCCAUGCCAAGGCAGCAGCCACGCUUCCAACACCGGUGUACAAAACCACCAUCACCAGGGGGGGAACGUCAUGAUUAUGUCCAAUAACAGUUCUUCAAUGGGCCAGCAUCAAAGUCAGCAGGUAGGCAGCGCGGGACAGUCGCCAGAUCUGGGUCAACACACUGCAAGCCCACCAUCUCUCCAAACCCAGGUAUCCGGCCUGUCACACCUGAACUCUACCGGUUCCGAAUAUGGAGCUGCUUUGCCCUGCUCCGCUUUGCUCUAUGGUAGGACAUGGUGACAACGGAACAGACAAUAAUGUUGUAACAAAAUGGUAUACGGAUUCAGAGAAUCUGUGUACUACUUUACUCAAAACACGAGUGAAAGAGUUUUUGGCCAUGCGAACAGUGAUUGCGCACUGAAAUCAUUGUCUCCUUUUUGGAGGGAGAGGUAAAAAGGCUGCAAGCAACCCGAGGAUUGCCAAAUGACAAAGGUAUCAAAUCUUUUAUUAAGAGGAUGAGCGCCAAAACAUCAUUAAGAAGAUGGAAUUAUUUAUAUACACUAGAUUUUAAAGGAGACUGAUAAAAAACACUAAAUCACAAAUAUUCUGUUGGAUUUUAAAAUGUUCAUUUUGACAGUGAAGACGUCUCCCCCUCAGUUAGACUGCUAAAUAACGUUGAUUUCUUAUAGAUUUCACUGUAAGACGUAGCUUGUAUAUUUCUGUAAAAGGGUUGGACUGAAUACAUAGUUUUUAGCGAUAUGUAUAUUGUACAACAUUUUUAUUGAUAUUAAGGGUCACAUGUUUUUUUAAGUUUCAUUGUUAUUUGUAAUUUACUUGUAACUUAUAUAGAUCUUUGACUUAAACGCAGUCAUACAAUCAUAUUAAUAAAUUAUGACAAUAACAACCAAUUUAAUUACACUUUUAUUUUAAGUUUCGAUGUAAGAAUUAACCGCUCGAUGAUGCUAAAAGUGCAACCUGCCAAUUUAACUUUUUUUUUUCAAGGGUAAUUAAAUGAAAGCGAGUUUACACAGCGUCACAUUUUGCAAUGAAACGUUAACACAACUACAUUUACAUUUGUAAUUGUGUCGUUUAGAAAUUAGUAAACAUGUUGCUGCAAUUACGCAUUGUUUGCAAUCGAUCAUUAAUGUACUGGAUAACCCUCAAGAGCGACAGUGUUGGACGGUAUUUUUGUCUUAUUUUAUCUUGUGUCUAAACAUGAUUAUAAAAUUGUUGUGUCGUGCCUAAACGUGAUUAUAAAUUUGGCACAAACAAACCAGACCCCUUGCAAAGAGAUGCACAUGCUUUGCGCAUUAUUACAUGCUAAUUACUGUACCAAAGGCCACAAAUUCAACAAAUUACUGUGUUAGUUCCCAAGUUAAUUGUAUUUAGCGAAUAAUAAUGAACUAUCGUGUAUGACGUUAUCUAGGUAAACCGAGAUGUAUCUCUUUCAUGAACCUGCUCUGUGUCGGCGAGAGAAUGAGUCAGUGCAGGUGAGGUCUCCACUCCUUUAAAGAAAUUCACAUCAAACAAACGCUCAUAAAAGCUGGCUUAUCAGUCACAUCGCUGUACAAACAGCAGUAUUCUCCAAAAUAACUUUGCAAGGCGAAAUAAACGCACUUAUCAGAGCACCAUCCAUCAGUAACGUGUUUGUGAAGAUCAGAGGUAAAAUCAAACGCCCCCCGUGUUUACGUAUUGAUAAAGUCCGCAAACAUCAGUGAUGGGUGAGGUAGGGUUGACUGUGUAGCCGGCUAGAAUAUUUGAAAGUGCUGUGUACUUUUCUGUGCGUGGGGCUGGCAAAUCAGCAUGUGCAUGUUAUAUUUAAGAAACAGAAAAUAGUGUAGUGAAAAAAUGAGACGCGUAAAUUUGACAAGGACAGUGAUGCUAAGCAAGCCCACAAAAUAAAGAAAUUCAAACAGCCUAAUUAAAUAGCCUAAGAAAUAAAUAUUUAAUUAAAACUUUUUGGAAUCGGCCAUGAUCUGACGAUCUGAAAUACAAAUGCCCAUCAGUUGUUGUUUUGUUUUGUUUUGUUUUGUUUUUAUUCCUUUAAUAAUGUCAUAAUAAUUUAUCGAUUGUAGAGUCACAAUUUAUUGUUCUUCUUACCUGGGCUACACUUCCCUUUGAGGAGUAUUUUGGAAAUCGUUAUGGACAAAUUUCUCUUGCCUGUCUGAUCGCAGGGAAUAGUAACUUGCAUUGCUAAAAUUAAUAACUCUCACCGCGUUUGCAGAUUAUUGUUUGUGUUAUUAAACAAGACUAUUUUAUUUGUAUUUCACUUUUUAAUUUAUGAAAUGCACUAGUUUCAUAUUUGUUAUUGUUACAUGACGUAUUUGAAUAACCCCUCAUUAAAUUGGGUUUUGGCAACUAAACAAUCGAUAUUAUUGUCGCAACUUUUUAUAAAAAACGGUAUAAUUCUCUUAUCGAUAGAAUUCCACAAAUUCAUUUCGUCAAAAUGAAAACUGUUUACAAGUUCACAAAAUAAUAUUUUAGAAGAGUUAUGUACUUUGGGCCUUAACUUUAGCGCUGUGCUGCAUUUGUUCUCUCACUAUGUGUACCUAUAGUAAAAUCUUUAGGUUGACAAACCAGUGUUAUAAUUAAUAAGGUAUUUUAGUAAGUAU